GAGGGAAGGAGUGGAAGGUGUGUCGCUCACAGCUGUCUCUCCCCCCGACUGUGAGUGUGUGUGUGUGUGAGAGAGAAAGCGAGAGCGAGAGAGAGAGAGAGAGAGAGAGAAGUUUCCUCUCUGCGCGCGACGUUAAUCGCUCACUUCACGCAAUGGCACGUCCGCGUCCGUGCGCGGCGCGUUUGCUUAUUGAGCUCCGCUGCUUUUACCAGAAGUGAGAUUAUUCCUAAAGGUUGGUGGGGGGGAAAAAAAGUGUCUCCAUGGCUGAAUUUGGACCCAACAAGAACGCCGUCGGUCCACCGGUUGCUGGCUGGAAACCCGCGUCGGGAGGAGCCGGGAUGAGCCUGGAGGCGCACCGAGAGGAGCCCGUGUCCAACGGCAACUGUGGCGCGCCAGACACCGUCAGGAGGGUCCAGACCGAGUCCGGCAGCGAGUCCCCGACGUGGGAGAGCACGGGUCCAGCGAUUCCCCGCCGCAGCAGUCUGAUUAAGGAUGGAUCACGUGCUGGUCGGGACAGGAAGAAGACGGUGUCCUUCAGCAGCAGCCUGUCCGAGAAGAAGAUCAGCAGUGCUGCUGACUGCAUCCACUCAAUGGUUGAAGGGAGCGAGCUGAAAAAAAUCCGACCCAACUCACGCGUUUACCAGCGUUACUACCUUCUGGAUGCAGGCCUUCAGGCUCUGUGCUGGGAGCCGUCCAAGAAGGAGUCAGAUAAAGCUCGAAUUUCUCUCGACUCGAUACGUGAGGUCCGGACGGGUCGUAACACAGAAACCUUCCGCACCAGUGGAGUUUAUGAACAGAUUUCAGAAGAUUGUGCAUUUUCCAUCAUCUAUGGAGAGAUCUAUGAAAGCUUAGACCUGGUGGCGAACUCUGCUGAAGUGGCUAACAUUUGGGUAACUGGCCUGAGGUACCUGAUGCAGUAUGGGAAACAUGCACUGGACAUGCUAGCCAGCAGUCAGGACAGCCUCCGUCUUGGCUGGCUGGAACAUUUGUUCUCUUCUGCCGUUGAUUUGGACGAACAGGAAGACGUCGAGGAAGGGAUUCGCCUGCAGUCAGCUGUAAAGUUGAUUCAACGUGUGAACCCCGGAGUAAACAGUGGCAAGCUGGAGCACAGGUUUAAAGAACUUCAAAGAGUGCGGGACAGGAUGUGUGGCCUCAGCCUAGAUAACGGAUCUGCAUUCAAAGACCACAGCGAAAACAAAAAAAUAACAGGAAGAAAUGAACGAGUCACCAAGCAGGAGUUCAUCGAGGUCUUCCAUGACUUUUGCACACGUCCAGAGAUCUACUUCCUGCUAGUGCAGUUCUCGAGCAACAAGGAGUUCUUGAACACCAAAGACCUGAUGAGGUUCAUCGAGGCUGAGCAGGGCAUGGCCCAAGUGAGUGAAGACACCAGCAUGAAACUUAUUCUGUCCCAUGAGCCAUCGGAGGAAGGGCGCCAGCAGGGAUUCCUGUCAUUGGAUGGCUUCACCAGCUACCUCACCUCUGCAGAGUGCCACCUCUUCGACCGAGAGCACGACAUCGUGUGCCAGGACAUGUGCCAGCCUUUGUCCCACUACUACAUCAACUCCUCCCACAACACCUACCUCAUUGAAGACCAGUUCCGAGGUCCCUCCGACAUCUCCGGUUAUAUCCGCGCCCUGAAGAUGGGCUGUCGAUUUGUGGAGGUGGAUGUGUGGGACGGCCCCGACGACGAACCGGUGGUGUGCACUGGACACUCCCUCUCUCCACCACUGAUUCUGCGAUGUGUUUUAGAAGCGAUCGGACGGUUUGCAUUCGUGGCAUCGGAGUAUCCGUUAAUUCUGAGUAUUGAAAACCACUGUUCGCUGCCACAGCAGAAAGUCUUGUUACAUCAUCUUGUGAGGAUAUUCGGGGAGAAGCUGUACACAAACUUCCCGGAAGAGGCGGCCUUGUACCUCCCGUCGCCAAAUGCCCUAAGGCAUCGAAUCCUACUGAAGGGUAAAAAACUGGGGCCUGGUUUGUGUGGUGAGGACGGAGAGGUAAGUGAGGAGGAUGAAGGGGCGGAGAUGUGUCAGAGAAUGAAAGCCGCCAGUAGUGGAGGGAUGACUCCUGGAGGGAGUGACAAGGACCUAGGGUCCAAAACUGUGUCCUUAACCGCUCAGCCUAAUCCUGCUCCUCUUCCUCCCAAACGUCUCCAACUGUUAAAGGAACUCUCCGACUUAGUGAGUCUUUGCCGCUCUGUCCACUUCAUCGACUUUCCAACAUCAUCUAAAAGCCAAAAGCCUUGGGAACUGUGUUCCUUUCACGAGUCGUUGGCUGUGCGUCUCGCCAGCGAGAGCCCCGGCGACUUUGUCAACCACAACAAGCAUUUCCUAACACGAGUGUAUCCCAGUCCCAUGCGUAUUGACUCGAGCAACAUGAACCCCCAGGACCUGUGGAAGUGUGGUUGCCAGAUUGUGUCAAUGAAUUUCCAGACUGCGGGACUGAUGAUGGACCUGAACACGGCCUGGUUUAGGCAGAAUGGGAACUGCGGAUACGUUCUGCGGCCUGCUAUCAUGCGGCAGGAGGUGUCGUAUUUCAGCGCGGACACCAGGGACACGGUGCCUGGUGUGUCUCCACAGCUGCUCCAUGUGAAGGUGAUUAGCGGUCAGAACUUGCCGAAGCCACGCGGCUCCGGGGCCAAAGGGGAUGUGGUGGACCCAUACGUGUAUGUGGAAAUCCACGGCAUCCCAGCAGACUGUGCUGAGCGCCGAACCAGGACUGUAAUGCAGAACGGCGACAACCCCGUCUUCGAUGAGAGCUUUGAGUUCCAGAUCAACCUGCCUGAGCUCGCCAUGGUCCGCUUUGUGGUGCUGGACGACGACUUCAUUGGAGAUGAAUUCAUUGGUCAGUACACGAUACCACUGGAGUGUGUCCAGCCGGGCUACCGACACGUUCCCCUGCAGUCGCUCACAGGAGAGGACCUUCCACAUGCCAAGCUCUUCGUCCACGUGGCCCUCACCAACCGUAGAGGAGGGGGGAAGCCCCACAAGAGGGGCCUCUCAGUGCGGAAGGCUCGGAAGGGAAGGGACUACACAGCUCUGAGGGAUUUAGGAGUGCGGGUUGUGGAUGAGGUUUUCAAGUCAGCUGCUCCUCUGCUGAGAGAAGCCACUGACCUGAGGGGAAACAUGCAGAACUCAGUGGCAGUGUUCAGGGAGCUGUGUGGGGUGUCGGCGGUGGCGAACCUCAUGCAGUGCGUGCUGGCUCUCGGCUCCAGAGUGUCAGGACCAGAGGGGACGCCUUUGCUUCUGUUUGACCUUCGGGACCACUACCCCAUCCUGGAGCCUCAGGGGCCCCUGCCUGACGUCCUCCGCCGAGUCGUCUCGACCUAUGAAAUGAUGGUCCAGGCGAGCAGAGCUGUGAUGGAGCUCUCCACUGGAAUCUACGACAGGAUCCUGCACAUACAGACAACGGCCAUGGAGUUCCACGAAAAGCUGCAAAGCCUGGCGACGAAGGAGGGGCUGAAGGGCUGUAAGAUCAGUCGAGCGCUGGAGAGUUUCAGCUGGAACAUCACCAUCCUGAAGGGCCAGGCGGACCUGCUGAAACACGCCAAGGCCGAAGUCCAGGAGAAUAUGAAGCAGGUGCACGACGCCGCCCUGACGGGAAACCUCACCAAGGAGGGCGCGGGACUGAGGAGGGUCCGCUCGCAGACGAGACGAGGCCCGGAGGACCAAGCGCCCGCCAACGCCCGAGGACCCUCGGCGUAGCGAGCCGACGACCAACCCGCCGUGGCAAAGCGUCUCGGCGUCAUUCCAUUUACUCCACCGUCUUAAUCUGCCGCGGUGGGAAACCUUUUUAGUACUUUGGGAGUAUUAUGGCAAAGAACCGGACUCUGCGGACAGAAGAGUCACCGAAUGUAAACGCCUGAGAGGAGACGCAGGAACUGCAGCGCUGAGAGAUGAAUGUAGUCAGAUUUAAAGCCAAGGUUCAGCUAUUUGUCUUAAAACUGUAAAUACAUCAAAUGUUUAUUAUUCCCUUCUUAUGUGCAAUGUUCCUGAGGCUCCAGACGUGUCAUGAAGAGAGGCAAAAUAUAUUGCAGCGUUUCUAGACACCAGCCUGGGACGAGUGCCAGCUCGGACUUCACCGCAAGUUUCUAUCAACUCAACCCUUCAAAUCAGAUUUCAGAACGUUUCGACUGCAGCUUAAAGAUGGGAAACUUUACGGGUGAAUCCGUGGACGUUUCAGGUUUUUCCUCUUCUAUUUAAACGGAUCAGUUCAGUCUAAAUUAUUCCAGUUAGAUCUAUUUUGAUCCCGAUUUGCUGCUUUUCAUCCAGUCACCUCGAGGUUUGUGUCCCGCCACAAAAUCCACCUCACCCUCUAAAUAUCAUCUCAUGAAAUCUUCUGUAUUUUUGUAUUCCCUUGAAAAUAUUGUGCUAAUUGGACCAGUUACAUUUCAGAUCGUUUCCUCCCCUGAGCCAUUUUACACCUGUGAUCGAAGUGCUCACUUUAUGUGGAAAACACUGUACAGUAUUUUUAGUAUGUAAUUCUAUCCUUUUGCCGUAAAGUAUAUUUUACAUAAGUUAUUGAUCCCAGAUUGAAAACAUUCCAGACGCAUUACUGGUGCAGUAGAUUCAGCUCGACCCGUUCUGUAACUCACCACUUCCUUCCUAAAGAGUCGGGAUGGAAAUAAACUAGUUUUUAAGCGAUUGAUGUCCGCUGCUGUUUUUCUGGGAGACGUUCACUUUGAUGUGCGCUUAUUGGCGGCGACACAUGGAACACGGCGUCUGCAGAGACGACAGCUGGGACGCUCACCUGACGCGCACGGGAAACAGACCCCUGCUGCUGCUCUCAUGUAGCAGGUAAAAAGGAUUUUAUCACUUUUCACUUGUAGUUUCCGGACUCAAAGGUUAAAAAAAAUGAAUAAAUAAGGUAAAAAAAAUUAAUGUUUUGAAGAAAUACUAGAAAUUUAACAGCAUCAAACAGAGCUAUAUCAUACACAGCAGCGGUGUGGACCCUCUGUACACAAACGCAUUAAAGUUUACCUCGGUAUCAUAAAAGCAAGCAAAGUAUCCCCAAGCAAACACAGUGGCUUCAGUCUGUAGCAAG